CCUAGCGCCCCUAUGGGCCGGCCGCCACUGAUUACAUGCUUCAUCUUUUACAGACCGGUACACAUGCUCUCAAAUGAAUUAUCAAUGUGAACCACUUUUUUUAAAAGCCCUCUUGAAUUAAUAAGUAUUGAGUGUAACAAAUUACUAAUUUGUUCACCUGACUAGGGAUAGGUAUCGAGAACUGAUAGUAAAUUAGUACUGGUACCUAAUUGGUCAGUACCUACGUUUCGAUAAUCUCCUGAACAAUCUGUUUACUUGUUAAGCGACGGAUGGUGAUGAGCGCACUGCUUGUGCGAUAGAGGCAUUCAAAGCAUUUUAAAUGCUGAGCCUCAUCUCUCAAUGCUCUGAUUCAGUAUGUGAUCCCCACAGUCAAAGCCGACAAGGAAAAACAUGCAUGUAGAGGAGGUGUUUGACUGCUGUCAGCAAGUCUUGGAGCAGUAUGGAAGACAUAAGGCAGAAACAGCAGAGGCCAUCAGUGCUGCGCCAGGUUUCCCAAACUGCUUCCAGUCAACCCCACGAAAAUAAUGCAGUCGUCUUCAUUUGCAAGGAAGAGGUGGAUGCAGACUCUCUUCCCCAGUCUUCCUCACCACACAUGGGCUCUUCCUCUCCCAGGCAGAAUCAUCACUUCCUCCCAGUGAGGAGAGAUGUUCAAGUUCAGAACUCCAUGGAGGCCAGGAUUCAUGAUGGCAUCUCAGGCAGGACCACUGCUCUGUCUGUGGGGGGGCUCUGCCGCUGGCCCGGCUGUGAUGUGCUGUCUGAGGAUUUCCCCUCUUUCUUAAAGCACCUCCACUCUGAACACAGUCCUGGUGACAGGAGCAUCGCUCAGUGGAAGCUCCAGCAAGACGUCGUCCAGUGCAUCGAGAGCCAGCUCAUCCUGGAAAAACAGAAGCUCAUUGCAAUGCAACUUCAUCUACACCUCUCUGAACACAAACACACUGAUUUGGCAGCGUCUCAGUGGCCGUACAGCCUGCGUCUGUUCCUGCCCCACCCCCCGGGCACAGAGGGAGACAGCGUGCAACAGUGGGGCAUCAAACAUCCGGAGGGGAGGGGGGGGCAGCACGGCCCCAGAGCUCCUGCCUCUGCCCACCUGCUGCCAGAUUUGGUUCCAAGUAUUGAAUGCUACAAAUACAACAACAUCAGGCCUCCGUACACCUAUGCGUACUUGAUAAGAUGGUCUAUCCUGGAAUCUACUGACAAACAGUGCACGUUGAAUGAGAUUUACAACUGGUUCACGACCAUGUUCUUCUACUUCAGACACAACACUGCUACCUGGAAGAAUGCAGUGCGGCACAACCUCAGCCUACACAAGUGUUUUGUGCGCGUGGAGGGAGGAAAGGGAGCCGUGUGGACAGUGGAUGAAACAGAGUACCAGAGGAGGAAAGGACAAAAGUAUCACAGGGACUGUGCAGUGAAGUGGAUCUCGCCAUACUCCCAUUACUGUGUGGAGGAGCCCUGAUGAGCAGCAGGUGGCAGCACUGAGGGCCGCUCGGCCCCGCAGAGUUAGACAGAACUGCAUGAGAAACAGAAGAAUCUGUUGCAUCUUUUCACUUUGUAUUUUUUUCUAAUGAAUUAUUAAAAAACAUGUAUUCUUUGUAAGUUUAAGAUGUGUUGUACACAUAUCUGACAGCAGUUUUUAUACUCACUGGUUUAUAAUUGUAAACAAAGUGUUGCAAAGCCAAUGAAGCAAACAUUGUGUUGUUUUUCUUCAGCAUGAUUUUACCCAUUCAGUCAGUAGGUUAGAGGUCAAAUAUAUCUUUCCCUGGAACACAUCAUUUCCCAUAUAGAGAGAACACCCCCCUACACCCUGUCAUCCUGAACUUGACGCCGUAGCGCUGUGGUUUUCAGUGAUUUCACAACAAGGCACAGCAAACCUCUUUCCCCUACUGUUCUACUUUCACACAGAAACCCAUGUAAAAAUGAAUUCUUCUUCAGUUAAAAAUGCAUACAAAACGAUAUAACAAUUGAUGUAAAAAAACAAACCAAUGUCUUAUAGUACAUUUGCUAAAUAGUAAAUAUAAAAAAAAGCACUCAGCAGGCUCACACGUUUAUGUUUAUGUCACUAGAUGUGACAUAAACACAUAAACAUGAAUAUGUGGCUCAGUGGGUAGUGUGCUGGACUUCGAAUCAGGGGAUAGCAAGUUCGAGUCCCACUUCAGUCAGCAUGUCGUUG